GCAAAGACGCUCGCCCAACCACCAAAGAGACGACAAUGCGUCUUUGAGCAAUCGCAUACCCACUAAUCUGCGCAGCCAUACCAAUCAUCAAUAACCUCACCCAGAUGUCUCAAAUAACCAUUGAAGUCGUUGUUCUCUAGUUCGUACUGGCAAUUGCUACUCAACAGUUAGCCAUCAUGGCGACUCCCCCAUCAGCUGGGAAAAGGGGCCCCUCAGUUCUCGUAAGUCAAAUAUCUAGUAUACCGCUCAGCAUAACACUCAACGACCGUCGGACAAAUUGGCAUAUUAUCUCCAUAAAGUCCAGAGUAUACAGCAACUAAUUCUUCAAAGGUCACCGACUCCCGCGAACGCGGUCCCGCGGCACGAACCUCCAACCAAAGACCUAACCCCAACACCCCCGGCGCCCCUCGAGAAAGACCUCCAACCACACGCCUGAUAUCCGUCGACAACGUCCUCCAAUAUGCCUCUCAAAUCCCUUCAGGUCAAGCCCGUGGCCCCCCAGGCCGACGACCACCGCUCCCAAACCAGCGGCGCACAAGUAGCGGUCAUAGGGUAACACAACAAAGCAUGCCAGGUCGAACGACGAAAGUUAGUGAAAAACUAGUUUUGAUCCCCGAAACGGUCAGCGAGAAGGAGGAAUCCGAUGAUGAAAUCGGAGAGGGGGAUAUUAGGAGAGGGGAAGGGGAGGAGGGGCCAUUAAAAGAUGCGGAAAUGGAUGUUCUCAAGAAGAGAGGCGGCAUUAGGGGGAAGAGUUAUGCGGAACGAUUGCCCAAGGCCAAACGAACGGAGAAGGUUGCGAGGGUUACGGCUUAUUGUACGGCGCAGGGGUAUAAGACUGCGUCUACGGCCAAGUUUGUGAAGGAGAGACAUGGUGCUAAGACGAAGCUUUAUGAUGAUUGUCUGUACACCGUCUAUCACCUACCGUUGUUGCCAGGCUCGGAAGGCUUCCGAAUAAAGAGUAGUCCAAUCUUGAAAAGUCCGGGAGGUAAAGCGGUGUUGGAUAUGGAGAUUGAGAGGAGUGAACAACGGGAUUAUCACGAGGGUUAUUUUGAGGACACAGAUACCUACGGCGUCAGAGGAGGCGAGGAAAGUCCAAGACACGAAAGCGAAGAAGACCGAGAAAGAAGAGAAGAAGAGGGCCGACGAAGUAGAGAAGAACUACGAGUCUUCGAACAAGGUCCCAGAAUGGAUAGUCCCAACCGUGUCGCCCCGGAUGCGACCACCUUCGCCGAAAUGUUCGUCUUCUCCUAUGGCGUAGUAGUAUUCUGGAACUUCACGGAACGACAAGAAAAAGACAUCCUCGCGGAUCUAACCUUCUCAGAACACCAACUCGGCGUCUCCCUCGUCUCCCAGCCUCUAGACGAGGAUGACUUCGAGACCGAGGAGCUCCAUUUCGAAUACAGUCCUCUCGUCGAGAGACCCAGAGUGUUUAACGAUAUGAUCACUCUCCGAAGCGGAGACCAUAUGAUCAAACUCGCCAUGUCCCACGCCAUCGCCCAAAGCACCAAACUCUCCUUCUUCGAAGAAAAAAUGUCCCAAACAAUGCUCGACGCCCAACACGUGCCCAAGCAAUUAGCUCUCACGGGAAAACUAGGCAUGUCACGGAAGGAAAUCGUAAAAAUCCUAGGACGACUAUUCAAAAGCCGCGUAGACGUUAAUCUCUGUUGGUCCCCCUUCCCACCUCUCCCAUUCCUCCACCACUAACAAACACACCCACAGCAUCCAACAUCCUCGACGUCCCCGAUUUCUUCUGGAACUCCGAACCAACCCUACACCCCCUCUACUACGACUUCCGUGGCUACCUCGAAAUCACCCCCCGCAUCAAGGUCCUCAACGAGCGCUGCAAAGUCUUCCUCGACCUCGCCGAGAUCCUGUCCGACAACUUCGCCGACACCAAGAUGAGCACCAUCACCUGGAUCGUCAUCAUGCUCAUCGUCAUCAGUAUCGCCGUUACGGUCACUGAGGUGGGUCUCCGUUUCGGGAUGUUGGAGCGCGGGAAGAUCGAUCGUGGUGUGGGCGUGGGUGUUGGUGGGGGGGAAGGAAGGAUUGGCAAAGCGGGAUUAAGUGGUCUUGCGAGGGGGGUGUGGUGGAAGGGGAGGUUGGUGGAGAAGGAGAGGAAUUUUUCACGGAGUGAGUUUAGUGAGAGGCAGUUGGAGAGGAUUUGUGGGGUGGAGAUUUUGGGGGAGAAAACUGGGGAGUUGUAAUUACUGACUGAGGUGUUUGUAUACUUUGCUUUGUGUUUGUGGGUUGCGUUUGGGUGUUGGAGCGGGGCGUAAAUCUUUCUGUUUUUGUUUUGCAUAGCUGGGGAGUUAGCUUCAUUCUAUUUUUGUUGUUUGUUGGUUGUUUUGUUUUGUAAAUUGCAUUCAGCGGGUCAUCUUCUUUUUGUGUGUGUGUUUUUGUGUGUGUGUUUUUGUGUGUGUCUGUGUGUGUAUGCCUUUUGUUUGUUGGGUGUGAUAGGGGGAGGGGGUUGUAAAUACAGUGCAGUACUUGGUGUAUCAGGCAGAGGACGUUGAUACCUAGGUAGGUACAUGUACCCAUCUCAUACGUAUCUCAUAAGCACAUUACGUUACAGCACAUUCAUGAUACGAUUUUCAACCCAACUCCCACCUGACCUACGUACUGUAGUAAACUUACUGAUACCAUCAUGGCAGAUAUGAUACAUAUCCUACUCAUCCCCAACGGAUUUCAAUUCAACAAUAGCUAGAGUUUGGGAUUUAUAGGAAAGUA